AGGUGCGUAAGACUUUUCGAGAAGACCCGCAUAGAGCACGUUGUUCUCGGCCUCUCCCUGAGCUAGGCCAGCCAUGGCGGCGGUGAAGACCCUAAAUCCUAAGGCCGAGGUGGCCCGGGCACAGGCAGCGCUGGCGGUGAACAUCAGCGCGGCACGGGGCCUGCAGGAUGUUCUGAGGACCAACUUGGGGCCUAAGGGCACCAUGAAGAUGCUUGUAUCUGGUGCUGGAGACAUCAAACUUACUAAAGAUGGCAAUGUCCUUCUUCAUGAAAUGCAAAUUCAACACCCAACAGCCUCUUUGAUAGCCAAAGUGGCUACAGCCCAGGACGACAUAACUGGCGAUGGCACUACAUCCAAUGUCCUGAUCAUCGGGGAGCUGCUCAAACAGGCGGACCUCUACAUUUCUGAGGGUCUUCAUCCCAGAAUAAUAACAGAAGGUUUUGAAGCUGCAAAAGAAAAGGCACUCCAGUUUUUAGAACAAGUCAAAGUAAGCAAAGAAAUGGACAGAGAAACGCUCAUCGAUGUGGCCAGGACAUCUCUGCGGACUAAAGUUCAUGCUGAACUUGCAGAUGUUCUGACAGAGGCUGUAGUGGACUCCAUUUUGGCCAUUAGGAAAAAGGAUGAGCCCAUUGACCUGUUCAUGGUGGAGAUCAUGGAGAUGAAACAUAAGUCUGAAACGGAUACCAGCUUAAUCAGAGGGCUUGUUUUGGACCAUGGGGCACGGCAUCCUGAUAUGAAGAAAAGAGUAGAAAACGCCUACAUCCUCACGUGCAACGUGUCCUUGGAGUAUGAGAAAACAGAAGUGAAUUCUGGGUUUUUUUACAAGAGCGCAGAAGAGAGGGAAAAACUAGUAAAGGCUGAAAGAAAAUUCAUUGAAGAUAGAGUUAAAAAAAUCAUAGAACUGAAAAAGAAAGUCUGUGGUGAUUCAGAUAAAGGAUUUGUCGUUAUUAAUCAAAAGGGGAUUGACCCCUUUUCUUUAGAUGCCCUUGCAAAAGAAGGUAUCGUAGCUCUGCGCAGAGCCAAGAGGAGAAACAUGGAAAGGCUGACACUAGCUUGUGGUGGGAUAGCUCUGAAUUCCUUCGAUGACCUGAAUCCUGACUGUUUGGGGCAUGCAGGGCUCGUCUAUGAGUAUACACUGGGUGAGGAGAAGUUCACCUUUAUUGAGAAGUGUAACAAUCCCCGAUCUGUCACUUUACUGGUUAAAGGACCAAAUAAGCACACACUGACUCAAAUCAAGGAUGCAAUAAGAGAUGGCUUGAGGGCUGUCAAAAAUGCCAUUGAUGACGGCUGUGUUGUCCCAGGUGCUGGUGCAGUAGAAGUGGCACUGGCCGAAGCUCUGAUUAAAUACAAGCCCAGUGUGAAGGGCAGGGCUCAGCUUGGCGUCCAGGCAUUUGCAGACGCCUUGCUCAUCAUUCCCAAGGUUCUUGCACAGAACUCUGGUUUUGACCUUCAGGAAACCUUAGUUAAAGUUCAAGCUGAGCAUUCAGAAUCCGGUCAGCUUGUUGGUGUGGAUCUGAGCACAGGUGAGCCGAUGGUGGCCGCAGAGCUGGGUGUGUGGGACAACUACUGUGUGAAGAGGCAGCUGCUGCACUCCUGCACUGUGAUCGCCACCAACAUCCUCCUGGUCGACGAGAUCAUGAGAGCUGGGAUGUCCUCCCUGAAGGGUUGAAGACUGCUGCCUGUGAAGCUGCGGAGUGUUGGGGGGAAUGGUUAUUUUUGUCCAAACUUCAAGUGAUUUGGAAAUUAGUUUUCUCUUCCUGAUAGGAGAAAAGGAACAGGACAUUUGGCACCUAUUCAAAUUAUAAUACUGUAAAAUUUUACUUUUAUUUUUGCAUUGAGUGCCCAAAGACACUCAAAGCAGGUUAUUUUAAACCCACUGAACAAGAUGUUUUCGAUACACUGAUACAAAAAUUACAUAAUAAGAUAAGCGUGUUGUCUACCUUAUAAGUGUUCUUUGAGAAUUUGUAAUGGUUUUCUCCUAAAUAAGGCAUGGUGAUGCGUGCCUAUAAGUCUAGCACUUUGGAGAUAGUCAGGAAGUUCUAUGCCAAUUCAGGCUACAGGAGACCCCAGCACAAAAGAAUAAUUUGUGGAUGUAUUUGGAAUUAUCCAGCCAACUCCCUGUUAAACAUGUAAGAUUCUUGCCAGUGUAAAACACAUCUGGGUAAUUUAUGGGUUUCAUAGUAUCUCUAAUAAAUACUUAACAGUGAA